GAUUUGCUGUUCUCGAGAUCGAAGUGAAGAAAGCACCGAAGCGAAACUUAAAAAGGAAUCCUGCCCUCCCGGAGCCACGGGCGAUGCGACUCGGGCCGCCCGGCACCGCCGCCGCCCGCCUGGUUUCGUCCUUCCCGGCAGCGGGGAACUUGUUCUGAUCCUCGCGCCCCCAGCCCCCAUCGAAUCCCCGCUCUUCACCCCGGAUAUGUUUUCUCCCAGACCUGGAUAUUUUUUUGAUAUCGUGAAACUACGAGGGAAAUAACUGCGGGCUUUCUUUUCGUCUCCCUGCUUCUCCCUACGGAUAUGUCUUCAGUUUGGGGGGCUGAGGCACCCCGUCGUAAGGGAAUGAACCGCCCCAGUCGCGAGGGAGAGAAAUGAAGGGAAUUUCUGCAGCGGAAUGAAAGCUCUGUAGCUAGGUCCUCUCAUCUGCCAUUUGUCCUUUCAAACUGCAUUGUAAUACGGAGCGGAUAAGUCAGGCGAGACAGAAGACAAGCCUCGCGACCGUAGUUCUCCGCCCGUGUUUACUUUCCAUAUUUCUUUUCUCUGCUUUCCUGCUUGGCUGGCCCAGGGAUGACUUCCUCGCUGCGGCGGCCCUGGCGGGUGCCCUCACUGCUAUGGACUGCCCUGCUGGUCAGCUCGGCGGCCGCUUCUCAGAAUCAAGAACGUCUAUGUGCAUUUAAAGAUCCAUAUCAACAAGACCUUGGGAUAGGUGAGAGUCGAAUCUCUCAUGAAAAUGGAACAAUAUUAUGCUCAAAAGGUAGCACCUGCUACGGCCUUUGGGAGAAAUCAAAAGGGGAUAUAAAUCUUGUAAAACAAGGAUGUUGGUCUCACAUUGGAGAUCCUCAGGAGUGUCACUAUGAAGAAUGUGUAGUAACUACCACUCCCCCCUCAAUUCAGAAUGGUACAUACCGUUUCUGCUGCUGUAGCACAGACUUGUGUAAUGUCAACUUUACUGAGAAUUUUCCGCCUCCAGACACAACACCACUCAGUCCACCUCAUUCAUUUAACCGAGAUGAGACAAUAAUCAUUGCUUUGGCAUCAGUUUCUGUAUUAGCUGUUUUGAUAGUUGCCUUAUGCUUCGGAUACAGGAUGCUGACAGGAGACCGUAAGCAAGGUCUUCACAGUAUGAACAUGAUGGAGGCGGCAGCAUCAGAGCCCUCCCUUGACCUUGAUAAUCUGAAACUCUUGGAGCUGAUUGGCCGAGGUCGAUACGGAGCAGUAUAUAAAGGUUCCUUAGAUGAACGUCCAGUUGCUGUCAAAGUGUUUUCCUUUGCAAACCGUCAGAAUUUUAUCAAUGAGAAGAACAUUUACAGAGUGCCUUUGAUGGAACAUGACAACAUUGCUCGCUUUAUAGUUGGAGAUGAGAGAGUCACUGCAGAUGGACGCAUGGAGUAUUUGCUUGUGAUGGAGUAUUAUCCCAAUGGAUCUCUCUGCAAGUAUUUGAGUCUCCAUACAAGUGACUGGGUAAGCUCUUGCCGUCUGGCUCAUUCUGUGACUAGAGGACUGGCUUAUCUUCAUACAGAAUUACCACGAGGAGAUCAUUAUAAACCUGCAAUAUCCCAUCGAGAUUUAAACAGCAGAAAUGUCCUGGUGAAGAAUGAUGGAAGCUGUGUUAUUAGUGACUUUGGAUUGUCCAUGAGGCUGACUGGAAAUAGACUGGUGCGCCCAGGGGAAGAAGAUAAUGCAGCCAUAAGUGAGGUUGGUACAAUCAGAUAUAUGGCACCAGAAGUUCUAGAAGGAGCUGUGAACCUGAGGGACUGUGAAUCAGCUUUGAAACAAGUAGACAUGUAUGCACUUGGACUAAUCUAUUGGGAGAUAUUUAUGAGAUGUACAGACCUCUUCCCAGGUGAAUCUGUUCCAGAAUACCAGAUGGCUUUUCAGACAGAAGUUGGAAACCAUCCCACUUUUGAAGAUAUGCAGGUUCUGGUGUCUAGGGAAAAACAGAGACCCAAGUUCCCAGAAGCUUGGAAAGAAAAUAGCCUGGCAGUGAGGUCACUCAAGGAGACAAUCGAAGACUGUUGGGACCAGGAUGCAGAGGCUCGGCUUACUGCACAGUGUGCUGAGGAGAGGAUGGCUGAACUUAUGAUGAUAUGGGAACGAAACAAAUCUGUCAGCCCAACAGUCAAUCCAAUGUCUACUGCUAUGCAGAAUGAGCGCAACCUGUCACAUAAUAGGCGUGUGCCAAAGAUUGGACCUUAUCCAGAUUAUUCUUCUUCCUCAUACAUUGAAGACUCUAUCCAUCACACUGAUAGCAUUGUGAAGAAUAUUUCCUCUGAGCAUUCAAUGUCUAGCACACCUCUGACUGUAGGGGAAAAGAACCGCAACUCAAUUAACUAUGAACGGCAGCAAGCACAAGCUAGAAUCCCCAGCCCUGAAACAAGUGUCACCAGCCUGUCCACCAAUACAACCACCACAAACACCACUGGCCUCACUCCAAGCACUGGCAUGACCACUAUAUCUGAGAUGCCAUACUCAGAUGAAACAAAUCUGAAUGCCACAAAUGCUUCACAGCCAAUUGGGCCAACCCCUGUCUGCUUACAACUGACAGAAGAAGACUUGGAGACCAAUAAGCUGGAUCCAAAAGAAGUCGAUAAGAACCUCAAGGAAAGUUCUGAUGAGAAUCUCAUGGAACAUUCUCUAAAACAGUUCAGUGGGCCAGACCCACUGAGUAGUACCAGUUCUAGCUUGCUUUACCCACUGAUAAAGCUUGCAGUAGAAGUAACUGGACAGCAGGACUUCACACAGGCUGCAAAUGGCCAAGCAUGUUUAAUUCCUGAUGUUCCACCUGCUCAGAUCUAUCCUCUCCCCAAGCAACAGAACCUUCCUAAGAGACCUACUAGUUUGCCUUUAAACACCAAAAAUUCAACAAAGGAGCCCCGGCUGAAAUUUGGCAGCAAGCACAAAUCAAACUUGAAACAAGUAGAAACUGGAGUUGCCAAGAUGAAUACAAUCAAUGCUGCAGAACCUCAUGUAGUGACAGUCACCAUGAAUGGUGUGACAGGUAGAAACCACAAUGUUAACUCCCAUGCUGCCACUACGCAGUAUGCCAAUGGGGCAGUACCAUCUGGCCAGACAGCCAACACAGUGGCACAUAGGGCACAAGAAAUGCUGCAGAAUCAGUUCAUUGGUGAGGACACCCGGCUGAAUAUUAAUUCCAGUCCUGAUGAGCAUGAACCUUUGCUGAGACGAGAGCAACAGGCUGGCCACGAUGAAGGUGUUCUAGAUCGUCUUGUGGACAGGAGGGAACGGCCACUAGAAGGUGGCCGAACUAAUUCCAAUAACAACAACAGUAAUCCAUAUUCAGAGCAAGAUGUUCUUACACAGGGUGUUCCAAGCACAGUCGCAGAUCCUGGACCCUCAAAGCCUAGAAGAGCACAGAGGCCUAAUUCUUUGGAUCUCUCAGCCACAAAUGUCAUUGAUGGCAGCGGUUUGCAAUUAGGUGAGUCAACACAAGAUGGCAAAUCAGGAUCUGGUGAAAAGAUCAAGAAACGUGUGAAAACUCCCUAUUCUCUUAAGCGGUGGCGCCCCUCCACCUGGGUCAUCUCCACUGAACCACUGGACUGUGAGGUCAACAACAAUGGCAGUGACAGGGCAGUUCAUUCUAAAUCCAGCACUGCUGUUUACCUUGCAGAAGGAGGCACUGCCACAACCAUGGUGUCUAAAGAUAUAGGAAUGAACUGUCUGUGA